AACUCUCACUUGCAAACAGAUAAAGACGAUGGAAGUCGAAGUAUUCUCUCUGCCAUUGAUGCUAUCUCACAAGCGUGUUCCAAAGAGCAUUGGACUACAGAACCAGCAAUCGUGCACACAAUCCGGCCAAAACGAACCUUCUCCAAUAGGGAUGUCACCAUGAUCGCACAGUUUUCGAUCAGUCGCUUGGACCGGUUCGAACACGCAAGGGUUGUCUGGGAUGGUCCCAUAUCCGUCGUGAUAUUUCUGGCGACCAAUUUGGACAUUGUCGAGCUCCGAAAGUACUUUGAGCGCCCUGGCAAACUGGCAUUAUAUGACUCGACUACGUUGACUAUCGUGAAGCCCAAUUACUCCCUCGGCACUCAUAAACGGUACCCAAUUAAUCACCUGAGGAACGUCGGCAUUCAAACCGCCUCUACCGAUUAUAUUUAUGUCAUCGAUGCCGAUUUCGUACCCACCUCAAAACUAUACAAUUUCGCCCGCACAACGCUCGUACCACUUUUGGAGAAGGCGACCCAUCCGGUCGCGUAUGUGGUUCCCUGUCUUGCAAUCAAGGAGGACUAUAAAGGCAGGUACCCGGACACGAUCAAGGAACUGCAGCCACUGAUGAAGUCGGGCAUGGCUUACAUAACAGAUCCAAGGUCAGGACACGGACCCACGUUCACCUCCAUCUUUACGAACACGGCGCUCCUCGGCAACUCGCCUGCAUAUGAAGUCUGCUACGAAUCGCAAUGGGAGCCCUACUAUAUAGUCAAGCGCACCAUUCCCCAUCCUUACUACGAUGAAAGAUUCAAAAAUCAAGGCGGGGACAAGCAGAGCCAUGCGCUUCUUAUGAACGCGAUUGGGUUCAAGUUUCUGGUUUUGAGAGAUCACUUUAUGUACCACUUAGAUCACCCAAAGUUGAAGUGGACAGGUGAUGGCCUCGAUCAGGCGAAGCAGAAGGACUACACGUACUUUUCGGAUUAUGCUCCUGCACUUGAGAGGAUAUUCGGGAGCAACUACCGGUGGCCAAGAGGAUGCUCCCGUCCGCUUGUCCAAUCUUUCAAGCGCGAUCUGCAGGGCAUCGGAACCAUGUAACAUUAGGUUGCUCUUUGUUGUUUCAUUUUCAUUUGUAAACUUGUACUUUAUCAUUUCACAUAGACCCGUGUUGUAGAUACUAUUGACGCCUCAAUAAACACUCGUCGCUGGCAACCUCCUUACUCUAC